AUGAGUCGAGAACGGGUAAAUCCAAUCUCAAAUUUCGUUCGGCGAUUGUCUAAGACCCUCUCUCUCAAACGCACCUCGAUUAGUAGCACAGACGCGGAGGAACUCGCGGAAUAUGUCCACCAUCCUCAUGUUCCCCUCCAUACCACAAAGCGAGAGCACUCAAGUCGAUCACUUGAAAGAACUCGUAAUAGCCAAGUACCAGUCCGUGCUUCCAGUGCUUAUCCUGCACCUUUGGCCUCUGCUGAUUGCUUCGACAUUACAGAUGUUAGUGAUAUUGAAACAGGAACUAAGGAUACAUUCACAUACGAAAACCAGGAGGUUGAAAGCGAAAACGGAUCAAUAGGUCAUACUUCGUACGUGGAUAGUGAGGAAAUAGAGACUAAGGAAAAGUAUUAUGAAAAUGAAGACCCAGAAUUUACACUGUGCGGAAUACCCUCUGACCAAAUUUAUGAUUUUUCCUAUCCAGAAGUGGAACGAGAGGAAACGGAGGAUGGAUCAAUUUCGACAGUUCGAAGAACAGAGUCUUCAAUCGACGUGGAUGAUAGUGAUAUUUCCUAUUCAGAGGAAGAAUUUGAGGAUCAAAAACAGCAUCAACCUCAGCAACCAGAGGAGGAAGAAAGUGUACCCGAGAUACGUGAAGACAUACUGGAAGGCGACGACAACGAAAACACUGGUCAGGAGGGUUAUAGAGAGGUGCAUCAAGAUGGCUACGAUUACUAUAACAAUCCUCAAUCUUUACCUCAACCCGAUCCGCAUCAAGAUCCUUUCAGUGAAGCUAUGUUUCGAGCAGAACGACACAAUUUAACAACAUCUCCGCCCGCUAUUCUUGUCACUUCCCCAUCCAAUCAGGAUAUAACUCAAAGGUCACCAAGUCGACCUCCAUUGCCAAUCAAUAAGCCUGCUCCACCACCUGUGCCGCCACUUCCUAAGGAGAUUCCUGAGCAUUCCAAAACAGAGCCUUCCAGACCACCACCACCGAGGCCAACAACAAAACCUUCCGAAUCGAUAACUCCAGAAGCUUCGCCGAAUACAACAAGGAAAAAGCACAAGUUUUUUGGAAUUAAUGUUGGUGAGUACCACUGCCCUGUUUCUACUACUUUGAAUCGAUUUAUCACUUAA